UCUAUCCUCUCCUCCUGUCCUCUCUGUGUAAGGACGAGUGUGAGAUCCUAGAGAAUGACCUGUGUAAGACCGAGUACAUCAUCGCCCGUUCCAACCCCAUCAUCCUGAAGAGACUGAAACUACCUAACUGUGAGGACCUGGCGGGACACACCAGCCCAGAGGCUGCCAACUGCAUGAGAAUAGGGAUCCCCAUGGUCGAGCCCUUCAACAAGAACCACAAGUGUUUCAACAGCAGUGGUUCAGACUUCCGCGGGACGGUCAGUAAGACCAAGUCAGGUCGUCAGUGCCAGCCCUGGAACUCCCAGUACCCUCACAGUCACACCUACCUGGCG